CCCUCCUGGCGUUGCGGCGGCAGCAGUAGCAGCACAGCGGCUUCCCGGCAUGGUCUGCUAAGCAGCCUGUCGGGCAACCAGAGUCCAAGGCAGAGAGGGCUCAAGGGAAGCUUUCCGACGCCAAAAGCAGAAAAGCAAAAGGCAAACGCCCGGGCCUCCUUGGGAUUGAUUCUCCACCUGACAGAAAUCUACCCUAAGCGACACUCCGCCUCUCCUGGGCGCCCGGGCCGGGAAAAGGUGUUGUGGGCUCGUGAGAUCACUUUGAGACCACGGAACUGGGACCGACGUCGAUCCGGUGCGGCGAUGGGGCUCUAUGGGGCUGCUGGAGCCGCUGUCCUGGUGCUGCUUGCCGGACACUUCUCCCUGAGCUCGGCGCUGGAGGAAAAGAAAGUUUGCCAAGGAACAAGUAACAAGCUUACUCAGUUGGGUACUUUUGAGGACCACUUCCUGAGUCUCCAGAGGAUGUUCAAUAACUGUGAGGUGGUGCUUGGAAAUUUGGAAAUUACCUACGUCCAAAAAAAUUACGACCUUUCCUUCCUCAAGACCAUCCAGGAGGUUGCUGGCUAUGUGCUCAUUGCUCUCAAUGCAGUAGAGAAAAUUCCUUUGGAAAACUUACAGAUCAUCCGAGGAAAUGUGUUGUACGAAAAUUUUUACGCCCUCUCUGUGCUCUCCAACUAUGAUCUGAAUAAAACAGGAGUUAGGGAACUACCCAUGAGGAAUCUACUAGAAAUCCUUGUUGGUGGUGUCCGGUUCAACAACAACCCAACCCUGUGUAAUGUGGAGACAAUCCAGUGGAAGGAUAUUGUGGACUCCGCCUAUUUCAACAAUAUCACAAUAGACAAUAACAGCCAUCCUAAGAGUUGUGAAAAGUGUGACUCUAGUUGUCCCAAUGGAAGCUGUUGGGGCCCUGGACCGCAAAAUUGCCAGAGUUUGACAAAGACCAUCUGUGCCCAGCAGUGCUCAGGACGGUGUCGUGGUAGUUCCCCCAGUGACUGUUGCCACAACCAGUGCGCAGCGGGUUGUACUGGACCCCGAGAGAGUGACUGCUUGGUCUGCCGAAAGUUUCGAGAUGAAGCCACGUGCAAAGACACCUGCCCCCCUCUCAUGCUGUACAAUCCCACCACUUACCAGAUGGACGUCAACCCUGAAGGCAAAUACAGCUUUGGAGCCACCUGUGUACGCAAAUGCCCACAUAACUAUGUGGUGACAGACCAUGGUUCUUGUGUUCGCUCCUGUAAUGCCGAGAACUAUGAAGUGGAAGAAGAUGGGGUCCGAAAAUGUAAAAAGUGUGAAGGUCCAUGUAGUAAAGUUUGCAACGGAAUAGGAAUUGGUGAAUUUAAAGAUGUCCUCUCCAUCAACGCAACCAACAUCAAACAAUUCCAGAACUGCACCACCAUCAGUGGCGAUCUGCAUAUCUUGCCUGUUGCAUUUAAAGGUGAUAGCUUCACGAAUACUCCACCUCUAGAUCCCAAAGAACUGAAUAUUCUCAGGACCGUGAAGGAAAUAUCAGGAUUCUUGCUGAUUCAGGCUUGGCCUGAAAACACGACUGACCUCCAUGCUUUCGAACAUCUGGAAAUUAUACGAGGCCGAACAAAGCAACACGGUCAGUUUUCUCUUGCCGUCGUUGGCGUGGACAUAACUUCCUUGGGCUUACGCUCCCUCAAGGAAAUCAGCGAUGGUGAUGUCAUCAUCUCAAAAAACAGACAACUCUGCUAUGCAAACACAAUAAACUGGAACAAACUGUUUGGAACAAAAAGUCAGAAAACCAAAAUCACCAACAACAGAGAUGAAAAAGAGUGCCGGGCUCUGGGCCACGUUUGCCAUGAGUUGUGCUCAUCGGAUGGUUGCUGGGGUCCCAAGCAAAGCCAAUGCCUGUCCUGUCGCUAUGUGAGCCGUCACAAGAAAUGUGUGGAGAAAUGCAACAUUCUAGAAGGAGAGCCAAGGGAGUACAUGGAGAAUCUAAAAUGUCUGCAGUGCCACCCUGAGUGUCUCCCUCAGGUGAUGAAUCAAACCUGCACAGGACCGGGUCCUGACAAAUGUAUACAGUGUGCUCACUACAUAGAUGGUCCACACUGUGUCAAGACCUGCCCAGCUGGAAUCAUGGGAGAAAAUGAUACCUUGGUCUGGAAAUAUGCUGAUGCAAAUAAGGUUUGCCAACGAUGCCAUCCCAACUGUACCUAUGGAUGUGAAGGUCCAGGUCUUGAAGGCUGUCCCACACCUGGGCCCAAGAUCCCUUCCAUUGCCACUGGAAUUGUAGGUGGCUUUCUUUUACUGUUAGUGUUGAUCCUUGGCAUUGGUCUCUUCAUCCGAAGGCGCCGUAUUGUCCGUAAACGCACAUUGCGCAGACUGCUGCAAGAAAGGGAGCUUGUUGAGCCUCUCACCCCCAGUGGAGAAGCUCCCAACCAGGCCCUUUUACGGAUCCUAAAAGAGACAGAAUUUAAAAAGAUCAAAGUUCUUGGCUCUGGAGCUUUUGGCACAGUGUAUAAGGGACUGUGGAUUCCAGAAGGAGAGAAGGUGAAGAUUCCUGUUGCCAUCAAAGAGUUAAGAGAGGCUACUUCUCCAAAAGCCAAUAAGGAAAUUCUUGAUGAAGCCUAUGUGAUGGCCAGUGUGGACAAUCCCCAUGUGUGCCGUCUCCUGGGAAUCUGUCUGACUUCCACAGUCCAACUCAUAACACAGCUCAUGCCAUUUGGUUGCCUUCUGGACUACAUACGGGAACACAAAGACAACAUUGGCUCCCAGUACCUUCUCAACUGGUGUGUGCAGAUUGCCAAGGGGAUGAGUUACCUAGAAGAGCGCCGCUUGGUACACCGUGACUUAGCAGCCAGAAAUGUCCUUGUGAAGACACCUCAACAUGUCAAGAUCACAGAUUUUGGGCUGGCAAAACUGCUUGGUGCUGAGGAGAAAGAAUACCACGCAGAAGGAGGCAAGGUGCCUAUUAAAUGGAUGGCUUUGGAAUCGAUUUUACACCGUAUUUAUACCCACCAAAGUGACGUCUGGAGCUAUGGUGUCACAGUUUGGGAGCUGAUGACAUUUGGGUCCAAACCUUAUGAUGGAAUCCCUGCAAGUGAGAUUUCAUCUAUAUUAGAGAAAGGAGAACGCCUUCCUCAGCCCCCCAUCUGCACCAUCGAUGUCUACAUGAUCAUGGUCAAAUGCUGGAUGAUAGAUGCUGAUAGUCGCCCCAAGUUUCGUGAGCUGAUCGUAGAAUUCUCUAAAAUGGCCCGUGAUCCCCAGCGCUACCUUGUUAUACAGGGAGAUGAAAGAAUGCACUUACCAAGCCCCACAGACUCCAAAUUUUAUCGCACCCUGAUGGAAGAGGAGGACAUGGAAGAUAUCGUAGAUGCAGACGAGUACCUUAUUCCACAGCAAGGAUUCUUCAACAGCCCCUCCACAUCUCGCACACCUCUCAUAAGCUCUCUGAGUGCUACCAGCAAUAAUUCUGCCACAGUAUGCAUUGAUAGAAAUGGGCAGACUUGCCCUGUGAAGGAAGAAAGCUUCAUCCAGCGAUACAGUUCUGAUCCCACUACUGUCUUACUUGAAGACAAUGUGGAUGAUAGCUUUCAGCCUGUACCAGAAUAUAUAAACCAGUCGGCUCCAAAAAACCGCACAGGCUCUGCCAUCCAGAACCCUGUGUAUCACAACCAGCCUUUAAACCCAGAUGCCUCUAAAGACUCUCUGUACCAAAACUCACACAACAGCAGUGCAGUGGACAACCCAGAGUAUCUCAACACAACCCAGCCCAACCUGAUCAAAAAACCCUUCGACAGCAAUUCCUGCUGGAACCCAACAGCCAACCACCCUAUCAGUCUGGACAACCCUGACUACCAGCAGGACUUCUUCCCCCAGGAAGCCAAGCCAAAUGGGGUCUUUAAAGUCCCUGCCUCGGAAAAUCCUGAGUACCUCAGGGUAGCAGCACAACAAAGCGAAUUCAUUCAAGCUUCAGCAUGACCCUUUGCCAAAAGCCUUCCCUCCCCUCCCUCAUGCAGCCAGGGGAUCCAGCUGCCCCAGGACUGAGGUAUGGACAGCAAAGGCAGCAGCUAUGCGGUGUAGCCACUCACUCACACCUUUCCUUUCAAGCCUAUGGGCCAGACAUUGCCACAAUUGGCUUUAAUUUCCUUUGGUACGUUCCGGGGCCUGUCUUCCAUUGGAAUUGUCCCCCUACCUGGGCAUAUAAUGGAGUCAAUCCCAGGCAGAUUUUCUGCAGGUGACAAACUGCAAGUGUAUUCUUUCAUCUUUAAUCUGUGAGGCUUCCCAAAUCAACAGCAAGAUGCCCAGGAAGCACAUUUUUCCGUUUGUACAGAAGUUAGUUUUUUUUUUCUAUGCCAUACAUUUGAAAAAAUAAUAAUAAUGUUUGUAAGUAGUUUUUUUUUUUUUCCUUACAAGAUCCUAUUGACACAUUCAUGAGAGAUUUGCUUAUUGACUAUAACAUGCACUACCCUGAAGGGAUCCAGACUGGACUGAGUCAAAGAAGCAUAAGAUGAAAGAAAGUGAGCUUUAAGCUCUUUGGACUUAGCCAACUUAACAAUUCAUCCCAUUGGCUUUGUCCUUCUUUACAAGCCAAAGGCCAAGAAAGAGCAUUUCUUGGUUGGUACAACAUCAGCUCAUGAUGAAAAAGAGAAACAGACCAGCCUGUGUCAUGCUGGCCACAAGACUUACAGAAACCAAUUGGAGGAAGUCUCUCCCUACACUUCUCUGUAAAUGUGCCCAUGGUACUUCAAACUGUGCUUUUUUUUUUUUAAGUGUUUUCUGAUUAUGAAUACUCGUCUGAUUCUUUCCUUUUUCAUUCCGUGUCUUUUUAACACUUGUUAAAAUGUUUUCCCUCAAUGCUUCUAUUAUGGAGUGGGGGAGGUAAGGAGGGAGUAAAGACCCUAAAAUAAAAACAGCCAAAGCUGCUGCUCCCUUUUUACUCACCCUCAUUUGGACAAAGGGCCUUUCUUUAAGAUGGGAUGAAAAUGCAGAAGUUUGCAAGCCCAAGCAAGAACUUUGAGUCUCAGGUGAAUCUACACCAAACCUAAAAGUGUUUAUCUAAACACUAAAAUGAAUAUAAACCUAAAAAUGAAGAUAUCCAAAAGGGGGGGGGGGAGGAAUUGAAAUUGCUCUCUAUUUCCAAACACUUUCUUAGUUAACCCAUGGAAAUUGGGCCUUAACAGUUUUUAGAUUUUUUUUUAAAAGAAAAUUUAAUGAAUAAGCUAUUUUAUUCAGUACCAAAAACAUUCCCUAGUAUAUUUUCCCCAAAAUCCUUUUCUUGCCCCCUUUUCAGGUUGCAAAAAAAUGGGCUAGAUCCUGUGGAAAAACUAUAGAGUGUCUUACAACUCGAUAUAUAUAUAUAUAUGUGUGUGUGGGUCUAUUUUUCAUAAAAGAAAUUGCAGAGGCAAUAAUUGAGAGGUUGCAAUAAAAAUCCUAAAUAUUAAAUGGUGAAUUUGAAGUUAAUGGCUGUGUCUCCACAAUAGUCCACAAAUUUUUUGGAAGGGGGGGUGGUGGUGGGGAGGUAGAGAUGAGGAUUUAAGGUUUGUGAAGAUACCCAAAAUGUUUUCAUUUAACAAGGUAGGAUUGUGCAGUGUUAAGACAGAUAAACAGGUUGGACUAGUUUUUCAAAUGUUUGCAGCUCCCAUCCCACCUUAUCAACUAGUGACAUUCAAUGAUUGGCAGAUAAAUCCCACCAGGACACCAAGUAUGUAAAGAGAGCCCAUCAAAAUAUAAUGCCAAACUAGUACCCAGAGAGCAGCUUCCCAGGCACUGAAUUGAUUCUAAGGAGCAUGUAAAUGAUGUACCCGUGAAAACAUGAGCUUGCCCUAGAAAAGGUUGCUGUUACUUUCAAGAUAGUGGGUGCUCCAAAGAGAGUUUUUCACAAAAAACAUUUGAGUCUGUCUCUGUGUUUCUUUUGUUGUCUAACUAGUAGGUAGCCAUAUGUCUGAGUCAGACCUCAGCACUGAAAGCAGAAAUACAAUUUUAUGUUAUCUGUUUCGGGCAAGAGUCUUUUUAGCUUGAUAGUUAUAUUUACUGGAUAGCUUUCAUCCAUCAUUUUUUACUAUUUUUUUAAUGGAAAAAUGAAGCAGUAUUUAUAGGAAAAGGUAAUCUUGAGGCAUCAUUGGUAGAUUUUUUUUCAUCAUUUCAUCAUUCUUGUCCAGAAAAGCAUUUGACCCUGUAGUCCUUUAUUAUCAGAAAAGCAACUGAGUACUUCAUCUAAUCCUAUCUCCAACUUGUGAAGAAAUCAGUAGCUCUUGGGGGAAAAAAAACAGCUUAAAUUCAGAUGAAAUGUAGCAAUGAAAAAUCAAGAUAGACUUUUUUUUAUUUUACAUAAGCAUAUACUGUAGCAACCUCAACUAAUAAAUUUAGGAAUUCCUCAGAACUUGGAAUUCUCCAGCAUCAAAUCUAGUUGAGAUGCUCAGGAGAAUUUUAAGUUGUGUGUCCCUAAAUGAUUUUGCAGAGAGCAUAUCUAAUUUGAUAGAAUUAAACAGAACCUAUACAGAACAAUACUCUACCAUUUGUUAUAGGAUCUGCCAUAAUUUAUGUCAGUCAUGGGGAAAUGGAAGGUGGGGCAUGAAGUUCUGUCUUAAUGGGGGGAGGGGUGCCUGUUGGCAUUUAAAAUAUAAAGUUGUGAUAGUUCUCACAGAAA